GGAAGGGGCGUCAGGCUGGCCGGAAGUGAGCCGGGGAUGCGGGAGGCGCGGCGGACGAGAUGAAGCCGGCGGUGGACGAGAUGUUCCCCGAGGGCGCCGGGCCCUAUGUGGACCUGGACGAGGCAGGAGGCAGCACAGGGCUUCUGAUGGAUUUGGCAGCCAAUGAGAAGGCAGUUCAUGCAGACUUCUUCAAUGAUUUCGAAGAUCUGUUUGAUGAUGAUGAUAUCCAGUGAGAUGCCGUCCAGCGGUGCAUGUGGUUGUGUGUCUUACGAGCUGGUGUGGCGGCGCUCCUCAGAGGACAAUUUCAGAUGGUCCUAAAGAACUCAUGGACAUUACUUAAAAUUAGGAAAUGGUUAACCAAGAAAGAGAAAGAUGGUUUUAACUAUCUGCACGAGGCCCGCUAGUCUCUGAAUGUGACCUGCUUCUGUCCUUCAAUUAAAAGGUGAUGCCAUCAUUUUCAGGGUAAUUUUAAUUCUUGGAUUUUUUAGCAGAUAUUACAAUCCCUAAAAGCCUC